AUGGGUGUUCCCAAUGCGCAGCAGCACAGUGCUGCUUACAGUACUCCAACUCGUUAUGCUCAAUCCUCGGGCCCUCCAUUUGUCAAGAACGAACCUAUCCCGGCCCCACCUUAUGGUCACGCCCCAUAUACUCCGGCGCCUCAUGUACAGGGUCCGCAGCCUUUCCAGGCAUCGCCGAGCCUGCAGAAUCCGUACUAUGAAACAUCCCAUAUCCCAGGUCAAUAUGGCCAACCAGUCGGCAAUGGUCACGGCCCGCCUACUACUCAGGCGGACAACACACAUCCCGUAAGUUUGACUUUCACUUAG